ACUUGCACAACAUAAAUUUGCAGAAAUGCACAAUCAUAAUAGAGAAGUUUGUGGUUUGAAAUGGAGAAGCGAUGGUGAACAAUUGGCUAGUGGAGGUGAUGACUGUAAAGUUAAUAUUUGGGAUGCAAAAUCAAGCAUUCCAAAGUUUACUAAAACUGACCAUAAAGCUGCUGCAAUUGCAUGGAGCCCUUGGCAAAGAAAUUUGCUUGCAACAGGUGGAGGAAUAGCAGAUCAACAAAUUUAUUUCUGGAAUACAGAUACAUCAUUGCAACUGAAAUCAAUUAAUACUCAAUCACAGGUUACAUCAAUUGUUUGGUCAAAUCACUACAAUGAA